CCUCCUGCUUUUCACUGCAAUAGGAUUGCCCCAGCAUAGCAAUUGCGUGAAUAUGGCGUCUGGUUGCUUAGCGCUAGUUCUUUUAAUCUUUAUCUGAUGACAUUUCUUUAAUUAAUUUCAAGUUCGAACAGUUUAAAUUAUCGUCUUCAUAAACAUCAUGUCUGACUCGGAGGAAGAAUGCCAAGACCGACAGCUGAAAAUUGUUAUUAUAGGAGACGGAGCAUCAGGAAAGUCUUCAUUGGCUAUGAGAUUUGCACAAGAGUCUUUUGGAAAACAGUACAAGCAAACAAUAGGGCUGGAUUUUUUUCUGAAAAGAAUAUCUUUGCCAGGAAAUGCAAAUGUUGCACUACAAGUGUGGGAUAUUGGAGGCCAGACAUUAGGAGGAAAGAUGCUGGAUAAAUACAUUUAUGGAGCUCAGGGUGUGCUUCUGGUAUAUGACAUCACAAACUAUCAGAGCUUUGAGAAUCUUGAAGACUGGCACUGCAUGGUAAAGAAGGUUAACGAAGAAUCUGAAACUCAGCCUGUAAUUUCCUUGGUGGGAAAUAAAAUUGAUUUGGAGCACAUGCGAACUGUAAAAGCUGACAAGCACCAACGGUUUUGCCAAGAAAAUGGCCUCAGCAGUCAUUUUGUCUCAGCCAAGACAGGAGAUUCUGUCUUCCUGUGCUUUCAGCGAAUGGCUGCUGACAUUCUUGGCAUCAAACUAAACAAAGCAGAAAUGGAACAAUCACAGCAAGUUGUGAGGGCAGGGUUGGUGAACUACUCUCAGGAGGAAAGCCAAGCUCCUAGCCCUGAAAACUGUCAGAGUAAAGUCUGUUCAAUACAGUAGUCCAGCGAGUAGUAAAGGCAGAUAUUGUAAACUACAGCCAGGAGCCAGUGGCACGAACAGUGAACCCGCCUCGAAGCUCCAUGUGUGCAGUGCAAUGAACCAGACUCCCCCUCCACUGGUACAGUUGGCGCUCUUGCUUCCCUCAGGCCUGUUGUUCAUCAGGAACCUUUUUACUCAACAGUGAUCAUAUGUGCAGCACAGCAAGAGGUUUUACAAAUUUGACUUCACCAGCAUGUACUAAGAUGCAGCAGGCAACUUUUGUGACUGGCUAGGGUCCAGCUUCUGAUACUGAAACUAAAGAAAAGUUUCUUGUUGUUCUUAUAUUUUGUAUUAAAUAGUUUGCUGUAUUUAACACUCUCUGCUUGCUAUGUCUUUCUAACUAUACUUUCUUAUGAUUAUUUAUUUUUAAGAUCCUGAGGGCAACAAUUUUAGCAAUCACUGCUUCAUUCAUGUGUAUUUUUACUCUUAAAUAUACCAGACUCGGCUUUUCAAUUUUUAUACUGAUAAUUGUCAGUCCUGUGCAGCAGAAUAUGAUUAUUAUUGGAUCUAAUUGUGUAAGAUUAUUAUUAUUAUUAUUAUUAUUAUUAUUACUACCUUACAUUACCUAUGUUAAAUGGAAUCAAUAAUAGCCAAAUGCUUCCCAAAUGACCACCACUAUGUUAGUAAAUAUCUAAAUAAAUGCACUGAACUGUCUGUCUAGCCUAAAAUAGACAAAAGGAGAACAUUCAUUCGUUCAAACCCAACUUUGAUGAGGUGUUUUUUUGUUAUUAUUUAAUGGCAAUAUAGUGUAUAUGAUUACUGUCUUACUAAUCUUUCAUACUCUUUAAAAGCUUUGGACCAAUUUUACUGUUCCUCCUGUGCAGCUCUAUCCCCUCUGCUUCCCUAACAGCCCUCCAAACUUUCCUCACUGAGCAGUGAGUCUCUCUUUCUAGUUAGAACUACAUUUAGAAAAAGCUGUGCCACCCUGAAGGAAUAUACCCGACCAUUACGUACAGUAUAUGUGUAAUGUGAUUACAGAAAUGUUGCAUUGUACUUCAAAUGUGAAAUUACUUCUUAUUGUUAUCUGAAAGGAAUUUCCCAGAUCAAGCACCCUCUGAUGUAUCAGAAAUUUAAAUGCGGUGUCAUUGUGGUAAGGAAUAGUUACCUUUGCAGUGACAUCAGUUGCAGUUGGUUUUAAUUACUUUCACAGAUAUUACCAGCUUAAAGCCAAAUGCUGUUCUACCCAAACAAUAUAUUAUAAAGGAUUCUUGUAAGAUACGUUUUAGAGUAAAUAUUCUUAAAUGCUGCUGCUGACAGUGGUAAGCUACAAACAGACUUAAUUGGAUUGUAUUACAUAGAACAUAGAAAAAAGCAAAAGUAUGUAACUGAUAUCCUUGAGACUUAGUUACUGCAGUAGAAAGGAAAGGAUAUUGAGAUUCAAGGAAAUAAAUAAAAAUAUGAGUAGUAUGUAUUGUAUACAUUUUUGUUUCCAUAGUUCUGAUUUAGUGUACAAUUCCAUGACAAUUGUUCUUCAUCCAUACCCCAUUUAAAACUUUCCUUUCCCCUAUUCAAAUGAUUGACAAAACACUGUGAUAAAAUGUUUAUUAAAUUGCCUGCUUUUAUUACAUUAGCUGGAUAUUUUGGAUAAUAUUGUAUUGGUAAAAUAACAUCCCAAAACCCACUGUCAAUAUAUUGUUUUUGUUAAUGUUUUUUUUUUUCUUCUUUGAAUGUAACUUAAGGACUAAACUGGUAUAUUCACAAAGUGUAACAUCAGAAAAGAGCAAUUAAGUGGAUUAAUAAUGUCAUGUACUAGACUGUUGAACAAUGACCUGUUUUUCUUCGACAGCAUACCUUCCUUUAUACAGAAUAUUGUAUUGUUAUUCUAACUGAAGAGAUGGAUUUCAUCCUAACAACUGUGGAGCCUUUGGAAAUAGUGGAUUCUGAUGGUUCAAAAAUAGUUUUGAACCAUUAAGUUUUUCAAUUGUAUUUUGAAUGUAUUUGUUAUAUACACUGUACAUUUAUUUGUAAUGUGAAUAUUAUAUAUUGUUUUGCAUAGAUAUAAUGCAUAUGCGUGCUGAGAUAAAAUAGAAGUUCAAAAACUGA